CAAGGGAAGCCAUACGAGACGCAAAAAACYACAACAGACAACCGAGACAGGCAACCAACCCACUUGUUGUUCCGYAGAGCAGCCGAGCWAUCCGUGAUGGCAUCCACAGCUGCCGYCGGUGUUCCAUCGUCCUCGUCGGCGGCGACGCCUGUCUCGUCGUCGGGGGACGCCGCGGCUUCCUCCGCCGCGGGCCUCUCGGYGGGUGCUUCCRCCGUUCCGGAUUCGGUKGCCGCCGUGUUCCAGAAAACAAGGCACGUGUCCAUCUGGGACGAGGACGGGCCCGGUGUGGAUGCCUGGAUCGGCAAGAUCCCCGGACCCUUUCGGAGCGUUGGCACCAAGGGCGAAACCCCCGGCGGGCCGGACCAAGGUGCGUACUCUCUCACCGACCGUUGUUGGGAACGCUGAUGCUGYAGGGCGCUUUCGGGAGCACAGGGCGUCGCAUUUGGUGUGUUUGAUCGAAUUGGAUCGUUWCGUGUCGUUUCUUGYCUUGUCGUGUUACAACGGAUGCUGGUGGUGGCAGCGCCGCAUCGGUUGGAUCGAAAACAAAACAGAAUCCGACGGGUUCGGAUCGUGUCGGGCGUGUGCRCGUUAGGAUCCUUGAGGUAUCGKUUUCGAUUUGGAUGAAAGAAAAUGAAACGGUGGCAUCAAGAACGAGAAAAAAGAAAACAAUCAAGCACGACGUCUAAACGGAAUCGCGGUGUUUCUCUCUUCUUUUUGUGAUCAUUUCUAUUUCUUUAUUUCACCCAUCCGACGGAAAUCUGAUACCAUUGCUUGAUGCAUGUUAYAUCUAAUUGUCGAUCACCAUGGACUUUACCAUCCGCGCAUCGGAAUAUACCAAACGAUGCCGAUGGUUAUGAAAAACACGGCAUACAGCCACGAGCAAUGCAUCGUCUACGGUGAACAAAACAUCCCUGAGUCCCGAAGUUACCAAACAGACCUGGAGCAAUCUAAGGAGAGGUGUUGAUCAGUUGGGGAUCACCCUUCGGAAGAAGGAGGAGGGCACGGACGGCCAUGCCAACGACGAUGGCCCCCCUCUUGCGAAACGACAGAAGAGAAGCGCAGACGACGCAACCACGGGGAAAGCUACGACCGGCGACAAGAAGAAACCGAAAGAAAUGUACUCCGUUGUGGAUCCAUACAAUCUAUACCGGCACACGAUGCGGGUAGUCGGGGAYGGCGAGGAAAACGAAGACGACGAAGACCUACUGGAAAUAGAGGACGAUGCGGCCCGAGAUCUCAAGACGACGAUUGGGGGUAAAUUUACUCAGCUCACUAUUUCGGGGCUCAUCAACGGCUUGGCCGGGCAUCUUGGUGGAAUCGUCAACAGAAAAGAACAACCACUCCCAAACGUGGAUGCCACGCUUCUGAACGCCAUUCCCACCGCUGGUGGUGCUUCACUGGCGGUCCUCCGACAGCUAGCGCACAGCUUGUCCCACUCGAUUCAGACCCAGAUCGAGGCGGACGUGCUGAUUACAACCCCGCUGAGGAUCAAAGACAUGCUGGCAAAGGAUGCGACUGCCGUGGAAUUCAAAAACUACCAGAAACGAGUGUACGACACCGUGGUCUUGGGGAACGGGUUGUCACAGCCAGAAGAGAUCGAUAUCCCCACCGCGGCUGCUAAUUCACAGGGAGUGCACGUGCUCGAAAAAUUCAAAAAAUGUGCUUCCUGCGGCAACACGGACCAAUCCCUCUUUGUCUUGGAUCGAAAAAACGGAGAUAUUAUCUGCAGCGCUUGUGGGACGGUCAACAGCGAAUCUCUCAUGCACGAAGGGUCGCAGUUUCGAAAGUUCGAGGGCGAGGUCGAUCGAAACCACCACGGUGACACACAGAAUCCACUCUAUUCGAACGCUCACAACAUGUCGACCACUCUGGGUGGAGUGCAGGUGAACACCGGUGCAGGAGUGGGAGGAUUUGGUAGCCAGAGAGGACGGAACCUCGAAACGAUUCUGAGGAACGCUCACGCGUACACGGAACUGAACAUUUCGCAAUUUGGCAAGGAGGAUCGCCGCACCCGACAAGGAUACAAAGACAAGAARAAGAAGGACGCGUUCAUUCAGAUGGCGAACGUAGGAGAUGCCCUGAACCUGCACGAGGCUGUCAUCCAGAGGGCGAAAGAAUUGUACGCUUGCUUUCGCGAGGAUCGUGAACUGCUCCAGCACGAAAAGGGCAUCAUUGCGGCAUGUUUGUGCAUAGCCUUUGACCAAAUGUCUAAGGACGGCCAGAACAUUUUGAAGCAAAAGCAACUCACCAUUGCCGAGACUUCGUACAACAAUCCGAGGGCGAGUCGACGGAACAAGCUUCACCAUACGAAGCUGGCCGGAAAGGGUGGGCUUCUUUUGGACAUGGAUUCCAUAGCAAAGGAAAAGGGCACGGGCAAGAAGGAGUCCUCGUUGGCAAAGAAGACGAUUUCUUCGUGGACCUUGGAAGAUUGCAGAUCGUGGCUGAUGGAAGCAUCAAAAUCCAUCGCACAAGAAUGGGUCGAAGGACGAAAAAACGGGGAAAAGAAUAUCCCGCCGGGAUCGAUGCAGGAACUGGAGGGAAAGCUGGUCUUGAAUUCCAUCGCGCUGUGCAACACGCUGGAGAACGAGCUCAACAGAGCCAACAAUGGUACCGCUUCUGCCAGGGGCGGGCGUGGGCGUGUGGUCACUCCGAGGGUAAMCGACAUGACCAAACUCGGCAUCAAAUGGCAACAUUCACACGAGCGUGGAUCCGGGGGAAAGGGUGGAGUAGGCGGGAGCGGAAACAGGAGCCCGCAAGGCACGAAUAGUAGGCGCACGGCGGGGCAGGUGCUGAUUCUGAAAACGGCSAAAAAGCUUGGCCAGAUUGUCCAGGACAAGACCGCGGGCGAAGCGAUUCACAAAGAGUUGCGUUCUUUGGUGAACAAGCAGCAGGCCCUCAAAAGGCAAGAACUGAGAAACGAAGCCACACGGCAGCGACUGGUGCAAAUGAAACGGAAACCAUGGCUACAAGCCCGUGCCCAAAUCGAUUGAUUGGUGAAAACAACAAUCAUACCGUCGCAUUGCUUUGCUGCAGGCUGCUGAACCAGGUCACUCCGUACUAUUUUUUGUGACCACAUCGCCGGAUCAUUGGCUGCGAUGCAACUAGGAGACCAUUUGAAAUCCAAGGUAUCAGCUUCAGCUUCAGCCUCAACAACUUAGAUUCCUUGAUAGCCAACAARUAUUUGCUACGUUUUUAGUUCUCGUAGUUUCUUAGAUUAUCCAGUUCGUAGAUUUUUGGUAGAUUUGACUUUUAAUAAAAGAUUACUUAAUAUCUUUUUCGCCUCGGAKUAAUGGAUCUUAUUUUCGAAAUUUUAUAACAAACGUUUUCAGUAACAUCACGUUGACGUAGACUUCGAAGCAAGAAAUUUUUCGUCCCAUUCUCGAUAGGAAUCAUCAUCCUUCCCUGACCCCAGUCCUUCUUGUUUUCGUCUACUUUCUAACAGUUUUUUGUCCCAAUCUUCCAACAUCGAGGCCUCUUCUUUCGAAGAAAAYAAUUCCAAACCCUCCGAAGAAUUUUCCCCACUCGCUUCGCUUUUUUGUGCCUCUGCCUUUUUUUCCAAGAAUGUUUUCGUUAUAUCACCAACUUCAUAAUUUUCCUUUCCUGUCCAUUUAGAGAGCGCUCGUUUCGUAAGAUCUCCAGUUUGAUAAUUCCGAUCUCCCGUGACAAACUCCUUCAUGCGGCCGUCGAUCUCAUUGGCGAUUGAAGAAACUACCCUUUGGCUCACACUUUGGGCAAUGCUAGCUUCUACGGUCAAGUUUAACAGUUCAGUCAACACCUUGAGUGGCAAUACGCUUGUAACCGGUUGCAUAUUGAUCCCGAUAGUGGCAACGAUCUUGAGGAACAGAAAUAAAUCGUCCCGGCUGUA